AUGUUUGUUCAAGAUCUAAGGGAGUUCUAUAGUCGUCUAAUUGGCAAGCGGAUUUUAAUUAUUGUCAACUAUGACAUCGAUGCCAUUUGUGCAAGUAAAAUUUUGCAAGCCCUCUUUAAGUAUGAUCAUAUGCUGUAUUCCGUGGUGCCCAUAAUGGGUUUAGCUGGCCUCCAGCGGGCCUAUAACGAACAUCAGGGUGAUGUUAAAUUUGUUUUAUUGUUAAAUUGUGGUGGCUGUGUUGAUAUUGUCGAGUUGUUGCAGCCCGAAGAAGAUGUGACAUUUUAUAUAUGUGAUUCGCAUCGUCCCCUGGAUGUGUGUAAUAUAUACAGUGAUCGUCAGGUUUGCAUUUUGGGUGAUCCUUCUGCGGAAGAAAACAUACCCCCCUUCGAAUCAAUUUUCUGUGAAUCCGAAGAUGAAGACGACGACGAAGAGGAUGAUGAAGAUGAAAUAAACGAUAGUGGUGCUGGAGAAUCUGAUGCCGAAAAUGAAGAUGCCAAUACCCGUUCGGAACGCCCAAAAAAACUUAGCCGCAUGGAAAAACAUGAGCAGCGCAUACUAAAACAGCGACAACGACGUGCCUGGGAAAAUGAACGUGAUCGUAUUAUGUUCGAAUAUACCCAAUAUAGUUUCUAUGGCCGUUCAUCGGCCUUGGCCAUAUUCGAAUUGGCUUGGAAGCUAUCCAAAGAUAAUAUGGAUUUAUUGUGGUGGGCCAUUGUGGGCAUUACCGAACAAUUGAUUUUGGGUAAAAUCGAAAGUAGUGCCUACACCCUGGAAAUCGAUAACAUCCAAUCGCACGUGUCACGUCUAACCAACAAAGUUAACGAUCAGAGUAAUAUGAGUGCAUCGAAAAUUAAUUUUGAAAAUGAUUUACAUUUGGUGCUGUAUCGCCAUUGGAGUGUUACGGAAUCGAUGCGUUACUCCAAAUAUGUGGCUUGCAAGCUAAAGCUGUGGACAUUGAAGGGCGAGAAGAAAUUACAUGAACUACUGGUGGAGAUGGGUCUGCCGUUGAUACAUGCCCGCCAGACAUUCAGUUCAAUGGAUUUGGUUUUGCGUCAGGAGUUCUAUUCCAUGGUUGAGGGUUUGGCAGAGAAAUAUGGCAUACCCGAUGUUAUUUAUGGUUCAUUUACCCUACACUAUGGUUAUCGUAAUCGUUAUUCGGCAGCGGAUUAUGUUUAUGCCUUGCUGGCCAUAUUGGAGUCGGUGAAAAAGGAUAAAACUCCGGAAGAUUGCUUCCUGGAGGCCUUAGAUGGUUUGGGCCGUAAUCACAAAGAUAUACUCAAUGCUGGCAUUGAGGGUUCCAAGUUGCUGCAUCAGGCCAUUUUCAAACAAGUACAAAGUAGUUUAGAAGCCCAUCAGGUCCAUUCGACCGGUUCAUUUUUCUAUUAUAUACUCAAUGAGGAGAAUACCUUCUUCUCCUAUCCUUAUGGUUUAACAAUGUUGGCCAAAUUUCUUCUGCAUGGUCAUGUGGCAGUGUCACGUAGUCGCCAGGCACCAGAUUUACCCUUGAUAGCCAGUUGUCCCAUUGAUGCGGAACAUGGUUUGUGUCUAUUGGUGGGUAUACCACCGGUACGUGAAGAUUCGCCCAAGAAUUUCUUUGGCAAGGCAUUCGAACAGGCUGCCCAAAAGUGUAAUGCUGCCAUUUUACAGGAUCAUUUUGAAACGUCACUAAUCCAAAUAAGGCAAAAUGAUUUAACACGAUUUCUGGAUGCGUUGACCGUGCUGCUAACAUAGUUUCAAAUCGAAUUGUGGUUAUUAU